GAGUGAUUCUUACUGGAGCUGUAGGACCUCUUUGGACUUUAGUAUCUCUACGGAGACCUCUCACUAUCCAGACUUAGACCUCUCCUGCUAUAUGCGCCAGCGUUUCGUUCUUCGCGUUCUUGUCUUAGUAACUAGUUCCAUUGUCCUCGUCGUCGUCCUGAUAGCCAUCAGUACAAUCCUGAUGAUUAGCUGGAUUUCCAUAGGCAUAGAGGUCAUCCGGACUGGACUCUUAGUCACGUUUCUCGGCAUGAUAAUCAACGACGUCCUCGUCUUGUUUUUUACGAUACGCGUUAUCCUAUCCUAACCAUCUAGACUCCAGCGCCCUCUUGUUCCUCAUUACGAUUCUUGCUAACUAAGUACUUGAUCAGCGUCAUACAUGUAUGAUCCCCUUUAUUGACUUCAUAAGCGG